AAAGUCAUGUUCACAUCACUAGCUUAAAAUAAAGAAAAUGUAUGAUGGUCUUGGAAUUGAAAGUAAUGGCGGCUUCUCCAGUCACUGCUGCUUUAGUUCUAACUAUUGAAAUAAGCCUACAUUCAUAAUAUAGAUGGUUUCACUGAAUUGUAGAUUAUCUUGUUUUAAUCUUUUAGUGUGGUGAUUACUUGAAAUGUGACUUCGGUCUGUCUCCGAGUAUUUAUUUUUCCAGAUACAUACAUUUCCAGAACGGCAAAGUGGAGUAGCAUGUCGAGUGACGAAGACAAGCCGCCGGCGCCGCCCGUGCGCCUCACCAGCAACCGCGCCGUCGACCGCGUGGACUCCGCCCCCUCCGUCGACAUGAGGCCGCUACCCAAAGAACCGGAUGACGGCGGUGACAGGAAAAAGAAAACAUUGAAGGCUAAGAUUAAGGGAUCGAAAAGCACCGCACACAACGAUAACAAGCCAAACAUUAGCUAUCCAACCAAUUUCGAGCACACGGUCCAUGUUGGGUUUGAUGCGGUUACUGGAGAAUUUACGCUGCCUAUAACAGGCAUGCCGGAAGCAUGGGCGCGGCUGCUUAUGGCAUCGAACAUCAGCAAGCAGGAGCAGAAGAGCAACCCGCAGGCCGUCCUCGACGUGCUCAAGUGGUACGACGCGUCCGCCACGCAGCCGCCGCCCUCCAAGUACAUGACGUCUGCUCAGAUGCACACCACGCACUCAGGGUCAUCGGUAUCACGAGUGUCUUCCAGUAGUCCAUCGUCGUCGACCCCGACGGACACGGAGCACCCCGAGCCUCCGCCUCCGCCACCGUCUCGACCCGAUCGCACAAAGAGUAUAUAUACGAAACCAAUCGAAGAGGAGGAGGCCCCGCCGCCGCGGCCUGUGCCGUCGCCGGCGUCUCCACCGCACGUCCCGCAUGCUACUAUAACUGCACAUUCGCAGAUAGUCAGCAGAGUGGAGGUGAGCCCGGCGCCGACGCCGACGCCGCUGGACCGCAACAAGAACCCGACGGCCGCGCCGGCGCCGCAGACGCCGCCCGCGCACGCGCCGCACCCGCCGCCUUCUAACGGCGCACAGACCAAUACCGAAACCGGAAGAGCGACUGGACAGCAACAGAGGAAAAAGAAAAUGACUGAUGAGGAGAUUUUAGAGAAGUUAAGAACGAUUGUUAGCGUUGGUGAUCCCAAUCGAAAAUACACAAAAAUGGAAAAAAUUGGCCAAGGGGCAUCUGGCACUGUAUACACGGCUAUCGAAACAUCAACGGGCAUGGAAGUGGCCAUCAAACAGAUGAACCUCAGCCAGCAACCUAAGAAAGAGCUCAUCAUCAAUGAGAUCUUGGUUAUGCGGGAGAACAAACACAACAACGUUGUCAACUAUCUAGACAGUUAUUUGGUUAACGAGGAAUUGUGGGUGGUGAUGGAGUACCUGGCGGGCGGGUCGCUGACGGACGUGGUGACGGAGACGUGCAUGGACGAGGGGCAGAUCGCGGCCGUGUGCCGCGAGGUGCUGCAGGCGCUGCACUUCCUCCACACCAACCACGUCAUACAUCGAGAUAUCAAGUCUGAUAACAUUCUACUCGGCCUUGAUGGACAAGUUAAGUUGACUGACUUCGGUUUCUGUGCGCAAAUAUCCCCCGAACAAAACAAACGAACGACGAUGGUGGGCACUCCUUACUGGAUGGCUCCUGAAGUUGUCACGAGAAAGCAAUAUGGACCAAAGGUGGACGUAUGGUCGUUAGGUAUUAUGGCUAUAGAGAUGAUCGAAGGAGAACCGCCUUAUCUGAAUGAAAAUCCUCUUCGAGCUCUGUACCUGAUCGCGACCAACGGGAAGCCGGACAUCAAGGACAAGGACAAGCUGAGUCCCGUGUUCCAGGACUUCCUCGACAAGUGCCUCGAGGUGGACGUCGACCGGCGCGCCACCGCGCUUGAUUUGUUAAAGCAUCCGUUUUUGAAGUUGGCCCGGCCUCUGGCGUCGCUAACGCCUGUGAUCAUGGCGGCCAAGGAAGCCGCCAAGGGGCAUUAGCGCAGGCUGCCGGCGGCCGCCGCUGCCGCGCCCGCGCGCCCCUAGCGCCCGCCCCCAGUGCCUGCUGCAUCCUAAACGAACCCUUCACUCAAAC